AUGUGGUUUAUUGGUGGAGAUUUCAACCAAAUCUUACAUCACGCGGAGCACUCCUCACCCACUGCGAACUCCCUAAACAGCCAAAUGUACCUUCUACAAGACUGCCUCCUUCAGACUGGUUUAUUCGAUCUGCGUUUCAAUGGUCCCAACCACACUUGGAAGAAUAACCAGCCUGACUCACCAAUAGCAAAGAAACUGGACAGGCAGCUUGUAAACAACAAUGUCCUCACCACCUAUCCCCACGCCAUAGCCACCUUCCUUCCACCUUCCAUCUCAGACCACACACCCUGUCUAACAGACCUCGCCUAUCAGUUACCUAAAGCCGGAACUAAACCCUUUAAGUUUCAGAACUACUUAACCAAACGUCCUGGGUUCACUCAGCUGAUAGCGGACGCUUGGGCUCAGGCCGGAGGCUUCUGCUGCAAUCUAACGGGCCUGUGUUGGAAGCUAAAACUCAUCAAAAAGGAUUUGAAACUUCUAAACAUAGAUAACUAUUCAAAAAUACAGGAGAGAGUGAAAGAAACUUACUGUUUGCUUCAAAUUGUGCAGAAGUCUAGGAUUAACUGGCUUAGAGAAGGAGAUCUAAACACAACCUAUUUUCAUAGAAUUUGCCAAGUGAGAGCAAGUUAUAAUGCUAUACGAGCGUUCCUCACCUCAACAGAUGUACUCAUCACUAAUCCUCUGGAGAUGAGUCAGUAUGCGAUCGCUCACUUUCAAUCGGUUCUAGGCCCUCUUAACUACCAGCCCCCGGUGACUCAUUCUCAUCUUGAGUGGUUCCAAGAAUUAUCGCCUUUUAGAGUCUCUGAACAUCAAGCGCAACAAAUGAUAUCAACACCAACUGCGGUAGAGAUUAAGCGUCACUUUUUCAAGCUCAACGCAAACAAAGCGCCAGGACCAGAUGGUCUUACCUCGGGAUUUUUCAAGGCAUCUUGGGAGAUCAUAGGAGGAGAAGUAGUGUGCUCAGUUCAACAAUUUUUUGAGACUUCGUUCCUGCCAACGACGACAAAUGCCACCAUCCUCUUCUCGUCCCAAAGUUCCCAGGAGCAUCUAGAGUUACAGAAUACCGCCCUAUCUCGUGCCUCAAUACGGUUUACAAAGUGA